GAUAAGCAUUUAUUCAGUGACCUAACCUAAAACUACAACCUCUCAUUUGUAAACAUUAAAAAAAUUUGAAUGAUAUUCUUCUUCGUGACCCAAGUAUCCAACAGAUAGGGAAUAUAUUUUGCAAAAUGGAUCUUUGUUUCCAAAGUUUGGAAACGAUUUCUUUGGUAGAAAAAUUGUCAUCCGCUUAUGCUUCUGAAAUUUGUGAAGAUGGAAGAAUAUCUCUGCUGACAGAAUAUAAUGUUUUCAUUUAUAACUUGACGAAUUGUAUGAACUAUGAAUUUGCUGAGAUGGCUUUCAGGAAGAUUUUGAUAAAACUGCCAAAAUCAUCUUUGAGAGAAGAAUUUGGGAGUGAUUACACAGAAAUGAGUGAGAAUAUUUACGAAACUAAUGUACACAAAAUAAUGAGAGAUUUAGAUGUAGAAAUGUCUUCUAAUGAAUUUAAGCCAAUAUCAUUAAAGUGGUCCCCUAAAGGCUUGCAAGGACAAUCAUUUUGUGUGUUUGCUGUCCUCAAUAAUUUUCAUGGACUUUCAAUUAUGGCUGAAUACAGGGAUAAAACAGAUUCUGCUGAUUAUUAUUGUGUAGUUAAUGUAACAAAGUGUAUAGUUGAACAGUUUGUCAAGCAAUGGGAAGAUAAAAAUGAAAUGCUUCAUAUAUCUAGAAUAGAAAUAUGGAAAGAACUAGUUUUGGCUACUAAGCCAAUAGCAUUUGAAUGGAGUCACAUUAUCAAUAAUGCCUGUGAAACUUAUGCAAUUCUAUUCAUUGCACAUCCAAAUGGUUCAGUCACUUUCUGGAGAUUCAACAGAAUAAGUGAACAUAAAUUAGAACAAAUCCCUUUGCAAUUUAUCGAUAUAUACUACUCCUCCAUACAAAAUAUAUCUACAAUAUAUUGGAAAAAGCUUGGUACAAAUGUUGGUGCACUAUGUAUUGGUGGCAGUGAUGGAAAAUUAUCUGUGAUAAGAGUAACAAAUGUGAAUCCUAAAACUUUGAAAUUUGAGCCAGAACAAAUUUUCGGUGAAGAAGAUGAUAGACGAAAAAUAAACUAUAUAACUUCAAUUGAAUACAACUCUCAUUCUUUUCUUAUAACUGUUGAUGAGGGUUUUCUCAAUAUCAUUCUGGUUCAAGAGGAUGGUACUGUUCUAGAUGAAGUUUUAUACAAUACAGGAAAUAUGGGUAUCACAGGUGUAAACUAUUACAAGGACAAUAUUUUGUUACUUUUAACUGAUGAAAAGUUGAAGAAGCUGACCUUAAACGUUGAAGAAUCUAAAGUACACAUAAAAGAUGAAAAUGUUAAUUUAAAUUUUGAUAAUAAUGUCUUCAGAAGUUGUGGAAUUGUUUUAUCUAACAAUAAAAUAUUUCUCGGUAUAUUUGCUUAUCCUUGUCAUUUGAAAGAUAUAACUAGACACGCUACUCCUUCAAAGUUCUUCAUUUAUCAUGAUGCAUCUAAAUCACCAUUGAAAAUUCUUCUGAAAAAUACAGACCAGAAUUUGAUUGAAUAUUGGGAUUGUUUAGAAGUUAUGAGGAUGUUAUCUUUCAAAGAAAAAAAAUUUCCAUGGCAUGGAAUUGAGGAUUUAGAUUAUGAUAAAUUAAAACUGCCACAAUUGAAAACUUUGAGAUGGAUUUCAAAAUUAUCAGAGAAUGUGUACAAUAUUGUUCCACAAAUUAAUGGAUAUUAUAUAAAACCCUACAUUCUUCUGCAUCAUUUGGUAACCAUACAGUUGGUAGUAUCAAGAAUGAGAAAAUUGUUAAACGAUUUAUAUCAAGGCAAAGAAUUAUCACUUUUCCAAAUGCGAAGUUUGGAUAUCAGCAAUAUGUAUUUGAAGGAAGUAGUUUUAAUGAAAAUACUUGAAAAAAGUGAAGUGGGAGAACGAUUCAUUGAUGAUAUCAUAAGUGUCAUGGAGGUGGCCAAUGAACUAGAAUACCCUGAUAUGCCACCUUGUUUUUGGUGUGGAGAAAAGAUUAUAGGUCCAACAUGUCUUCAGAAUCACAAAGAUAGCAGAUGCUCUAUUUCAAUGAUGCAGAUAUACCUCACGCCAGGAUUUAAAUGUCCAUUCUGUAAUUGUGUGGCUCACAUAGAAAUGGCUAAGGAGUUUGAUAUUGUGAUAUGUCCUUACUGUGAUGUACCAAUGUACAAAAGAUACUGUCCUGAAAAUGUGCAGAAUGCUUUAGGAGAAACGGACGAACUUACAAAACAAAAAAUGGAGCUAUCCUUACAAGCUGAUAUUCCUGAACAAGUUUGUUAUGAUGUUUCUGAGACAGAAAAUGUUUCAGUGGAAGAUUUGGAAUAUUUAGCUUUGACUGACAGUGAUGAAGAAGAAAAUAUUGAAGAAGGAAUGAAUCCAAUGAACCUCCAAUGUCCAUUGAAUGAAAAUUUGGAUGUAACAGAAAAUCAAGAAGGUUAUGAAGAUUCAUUCUCUAGAACUGUGGAUCAGUCAAAACUAAAUGAUAUUUCUGAUGAAGAGUUGAAAGAAUUUGAGAGUUCUGAUGAGCAGCUAACAGGGAAAGAUGAUCAGGUAACGGAAUUGAAAGAAAGUGGUUGUUCUGCCAAUGAUCCAGUAAAUUUUGUCAAGAUUGAAGAAAGUUGAGAAAAUUUAAAAUAAUUUUAAUUUUAUAUAUGUUUAAUUGUUUGAAAUAAAAUUGAUUUACUGAUGUAA